GUUCGGAAUGGCAUACUACUCUUACUACUUCUGCCAUGUCUGUCUAUGGCAGAAAUAGUAAGAGUAGGAUGGUAGUACGCCAUUAUACACUCGGCCUUGGACACGGCUUUAUUUCCAUGCCAACACCAACUGCGCCUGCGCUAGUACUUCUGGUGCCGGGCACGCGCUUUUCCUGUCCAAACGCACGCGCCUUGAGUCCUCCCGCAACAUCAUCCUCGUGAAGUUGGAGUCACAAGAGACUCGAGCGACAGUUGAUCAACGCGCGAGAAAUAUUCGCUUCAACACCGCGUUCGGUGUAAACUGGCCUGCUUUUGUCCUGUGGUGUUAUCGGUUUUUAUCAAAACGGUUGUGGUUGGUUGAGCUGUAACACACACCCCUCCUGUGAGGAGUAGACUGAGCUCGAACAGGAGUUUGGUCAUCAGCAUCCGCUCCGGAUUUUUACCGUGUGCUAGCUACUUAUCCGCCUCCACCUUUAUGGAUUUUAUUUUACACUAGUUUUUUUUUUUACACGACGCAUUUUAAUCGAUCCUUGUUUGACCACGGGAUUGUCUUUUGAUUGACGAGCUAAAUAUAAAGGACCAUACACAUGUAGCCGUUGAGAAGCUAGCCGAGGAAGUGGACUGUUACUUUUCCAUCCUUGUAUGGUGGAAGGAGUCGCAUUGAAUGAUUCAUUUGUAGACGUACAGUUAUGGAAAUGCUAAAUGUCACAUAAGGGCUGAUGUCUGGCACUUUCCGAGAGUUGUAUAGCUUCGCUGUCAUCCUCAGAAUCAAUUCGAGCUGUCUAUAACUGUACAGUUAAAAGAGUUAGCUGGGGUUUGACCAUCCACAGCUAGCCCUUUAGCCAACUCCCCCAACUGAUUAGGUUGUUAGUUUAUGUUGCUUCAGUUCAUUAUUUUCAACCGCAAACACUUUGAUUGUGUUUUAGACGAUGUCCUUUUUCAAUUUUCGGAAGAUUUUUAAGCUAGGCACGGAGAAGAAGAAGAAACAGUAUGAGCACGUUCACAGAGACGUCAAUCCUGAAGAGGAGUGGGAGAUCGUGGGAGAACUUGGGGAUGGAGCCUUUGGGAAAGUCUACAAGGCUCAGAACAAGCAGACCGGGAUCCUGGCUGCAGCUAAAGUGAUUGAUACCAAAACAGAAGAGGAGCUAGAGGACUACAUGGUGGAGAUUGACAUCCUAGCCUCCUGUGACCAUCAGUACAUUGUCAAACUGCUGGAUGCCUACUAUUAUGAGAACAAAUUAUGGAUUCUCAUUGAGUUUUGUGCCGGAGGGGCAGUGGAUGCUGUUAUGUUGGAGCUGGAGCGGCCACUAACAGAGCCUCAGAUCCAAGUUGUGUGUAAACAGAUGCUGGAGGCACUGACUUACCUCCAUGAGAAUAAGAUUAUUCACAGGGACCUGAAGGCUGGAAAUAUUCUCUUUACCACAGAUGGGGACAUCAAAUUGGCUGACUUUGGAGUGUCUGCAAAGAAUACAAAGACCCUACAGAGAAGGGACUCUUUCAUUGGAACUCCAUACUGGAUGGCACCCGAGGUGGUGAUGUGCGAGACAUCGAAGGACAGGCCGUAUGACUACAAAGCGGACAUCUGGUCCCUAGGGAUCACUCUAAUCGAGCUGGCACAGAUCGAGCCACCCAACCACGAGAUGAACCCAAUGAGAGUCCUGCUAAAAAUAGCAAAGUCUGAGCCCCCCACUCUUGCAGCUCCAUCACGAUGGUCUCCAGAGUUCCGUGAUUUUCUAAGGAAGGCGCUGGAUAAGAAUGUGGACAACAGGUGGAACUCUGUACAGCUCCUACAGCAUCCAUUUAUUUUGAACGUAGUUGAUAACAAACCAUUGCGAGAGCUGAUUGCUGAGGCCAAAGCAGAAGUGGUUGAGGAGUUUGAGGAUGGAAAAGAGGAAGAGGAGGAAGAAGAACCUGAGGCUCAGCUGGCAGUGCCUGGUCACAAACGUGCAUUGUCGGACACCAGCGUCGGCAGCUCAGAGGAUGAAAGACAGCACCAGAGCACACCAACUCUUGAGUCGGUCACAGAGAGGGCUGAACCUGAGCGAAAACACAGUUCAGAGGACCAGGCUAGUGACAAGACCUCAGACAUGGUAGUGGACACCAGCGAGGCCGGUCAUACUGAGCAUGAGAUGAUGAAUGGGGCUAGUGUGUCAGAUGCCAGCACUGAAGACUCAUGUUCUGGUGAAGAGGCCGUACCAAAAGAAGAUUUGCCUAUACAAAUUACUACCGAAGUAGAGAUUUCUGAUCAGCCAAACGACAUUGAUACUGUCCUCCAAGAGAUUGUUACGGUCAGUGAGGAGACUGGAGAGGAAGAGAAGAAAGAAGUGAAGGUGGAGGAGCCACCACAGAAGAAAGAAGAUCAUGAAGAAACGGAGCAUGAGAGGAUGAAUGAAACCAAAACACAAAUCAUAACAGACAAAGCAAUGGAAUCUACUCUGAUUUCACAAGUAGCUGAACCAGAAAACAAACUUGCCAGUGUGAUUGAAGAAGCCAUCACUGAACCACCUAAAAGUAGAGCAGAUGUUUCAGAAAAGGCUGAAGACAAAAUUGAGAGUGAGGAGACAGAUAUGAAAGAACUGGAGGAAGAAGAGAAAUCAGUGACCUCUCCAGAUGUCUAUAUAGAAGAUGUGGAGGAGGCGCAAACAGUAAUCUCUACAGAUGUUCCUACAGAAGAGGUAAAGGUAGAACUCCCUCAACAGCCAACACAGGACCAAGCUAAAGCUGAAGAGGAGGUUAAGAAAUCAGAACCCGAAGAGGCCAAGCCUGUUGUGCCAGAGAAGAUGCCAUCUGAGACAGAGAAGGGGGUAGAUGUAGUAGAGGAGACCUCUGAGAAUGAAUUGCUUGUCGUGGUCAUCAAUGGUGUUAAAGAAGAGGAGGUCAGCGCAACAGAGCAACCUCAAGAAGCCAUAGAAGACAGACCAGAUGCACAGGAAGCACCUACAGUGGCUGAUAAUGACCAAAAGGCAGACGAGGCGGCGAAGCCUGAUGUUGAAAAGGAGAAAGAUUCUGACAGUUCUGCUGCAGAUACUAACAGCAUUGACAUCAAUCUAUCAAUAUCUAGCUUCCUAUCCAAAAGCAAGGAGGGAUCUGUUUCUAUACAGGACACCAAGCGGCAGAAGAAAACUCUGAAAAAGACCCGCAAGUUUAUGGUUGACGGGGUGGAAGUGAGCGUCACCACAUCCAAGAUUGUCUCUGACAAUGAUACCAAAAGCGAGGAACUGAGAUUUCUGAGGCGUCAGGAGCUCCGAGAACUGAGGCUGCUGCAAAAAGAGGAGCAAAGAGCUCAACAGCAGCUCAGCAACAAACUCCAGCAGCAGAAAGAACAGCUCUUCAGACGCUUCGAACAGGAGAUGACAGGAAAGAAGCGUCAGUAUGACCAAGAGGUGGAGAACCUUGAGAAACAGCAGAAGCAGACCAUAGAACGUCUUGAGCAGGACCACACCAACCGGUUGAGAGAUGAGGCCAAAAGGAUCAAAGCGGAGCAGGAUAAGGAGCUCUCCAAGUUCCAGAACAUGCUGAAGAACCGCAAAAAAGAGGUUGAACAAGAGGUUGGACUGUCCCCCAAACACAUAAGAAAAGAGCUCAUGAAACGUGUAAAGGAAGAUCUAGCAGUCGUUCAACAUGAAGAGGAGCAAGAGUUUCUCCAGAGGCAGCAGCAGGAACUGGAUGGAGCUUUGAAGAAGAUCAUCCAGCAGCACAAACUAGAGAUCGCCACUAUAGAGAGAGACUGUCUCAACCACAAGCAGCAGCUCAUGAGAGCUCGAGAGGCAGCUAUGUGGGAGCUAGAGGAGCGCCACCUGCAGGAAAAACACCAGUUGCUGAAGCAGCAGCUAAAGGACCAGUACUUUAUGCAGAGACAUCAGCUCCUCAAGAGGCAUGACAAGGAGAUGGAGCAGAUGCAAGGUUAUAACCAGCGGCUGAUAGAGGAGAUGAAGAACAGGCAGACACAGGAAAGAGCUCGGCUGCCGAAGAUCCAGCGUGGCGAAGCAAAGACCCGCAUGGCGAUGUUUAAAAAGAGCCUGCGGAUCACUGGAACAGGAACACCAGAGCAGGACAGAGAGAAGAUCAAACAGUUUGCAGCUCAAGAGGAGAAGAGACAGAAGAACGAGAGACUUCAUCAGCACCAGAAGCAUGAGAACCAGAUGAGAGACCUUCAGUUACAGUGUGACUCCAACAUCAGAGAACUUCAGCAGAUGCAGAAUGAGAAAUGCCACCUGCUGAUUGAGCAUGAGACUCAGAAGCUGAAGGAGCUGGAUGAGGAACACAGUCAGGAGCUCAAAGACUGGAGGGAGAAGCUUCGGCCAAGAAAGAAGGCUCUGGAGGAGGAGUUCACACGGAAAAUGCAGGAACAGGAAGUCUUCUUCAAGAUGAGUGGAGAGUCUGAAUGUCUCAAUCCCACUGCUCAGAGCAGAGUCUCUAAAUUCUAUCCCAUUCCCAGUGUUCACUCCUCUGGCUCUUAACCUUCACCACUGAGCUUUAACUAAAGCAGUGAAGGGCUGCUCUAGUCAAGAGCUCAUUUGCUGUUCAAAGGUAUGAGAUCAGAACACAUGCAUGGGGUUGAAAUGAAAUUCUGUAGUAUGAAAUACGCAAGGAUCAAAGUACCUUUUUGAAGUUUCUUUUAGCAGUAAAGGACAAACCUUAUGCAUUACCUUGACAUGCUUCUUUUUGCAACAUUGAAUCCAAUGGAUUAACAUUUUAGUUUUUUGUCAGUUGUCUUCUGGUGAUGUUCAUUUGUGCUUGAGACAUUAACACAAAUGAACAAUGGAUACACUCAGACAAUAUCAUCUGGUCUUUUUGGAAUAAAAUAGCCUUAAUGAGGGUCACAGGAUGCCCCAAAACAAGCAUGACUUCACAGCCAAGGUAAACAUUGAAAUGUUGGGAAAGGUUACAUAAAAAUAAAAACGUGCGAACAUUGUAGUCACCAUUACACUAUUCUCUAAAUUGUCAAGUUGCACAGCUAGCUAAAUUAGCUUCAAUGCUGUUAUGAUGUUUUUAUCAGCUGUUAUUUGUUGUAUUUUUUUAUUCUUCUGUUUGCGAUGUUGAUUUGUUUUUAACGUCCAUGCAAAUUUACUUUAAAAACAAACUCACUUAGAAAGUCAUAUUUGCUGUUAGUGCAUCAUGGUUAGAUUAAAGACAUUUGCAGUCCCCAGAAACUCAAGGAAUGUAAACUGUAAAAUGACAUUGCACACUUGACAAUAAAUUUAACAUAUGCAGUAGUGAUCUCUUUAGUGCAUUAGAUUAAAUUCAAUUCAAAUUUAUUUAUAAAGCACAAAUUAAAACAACAGAUGUUGACCAAAGUGCUGGACAAUACAAAAGGGUAAAAAUAGCAAGAGAAUACACAUAGAACACACAAAUAAUACAGAAAAUACAAAGCACAACCUCUAGGAUUGAUUAAAAGACAAGGUGAAAAAAUAUGUUUUCAACUUAGUUUUAAAAUCAUGUUUUGUUGAUGCCGAUCUAAUAUAAAUAAGUAAACUGUUCCACAGUUUAGGGGCAACUAUCGCAAAAGCGCGGUCAGAUGGGAAAUAGAGCCCUAAUAUUUAUAUACGAUGAUGUCAUUUUUCAUUUGGCAAGUCACUUUGUGGUCCAGAGUACCCAAGUUUAUUUUUUUAUGAGCUAAAUAAUUUCAUGUAUUUUAAGGAGCAUAAGGGCAGUCUUUGCCUUCUUGAAAGUUUUCAUAUAUGGUAUUAAAAAGCUAUUUAUGGACUUAAAUGCAGUUAAAUGUUUUUAUUGUUGGUUAUGUUUUUUCCCCCCUUUUUUUCCAAAAUGUAAGGGUAAUAUCAAAAAAAUUGCAUGUUACAUUGUUUAUCUAAAGUUUUCUUUUUAUUGAAGGAUAUAUAUAAUUUGAUAGUCUGAUGUAGAGCAGUGUUUUGAAUAUACCUGUGCAAGCUGCAAAAGUGUGCAUAAGCAUUUCAGUGGGAACACAUGGACAUUUCUCACUUUUGCUGAAGACUUUUCCAUCUGAUUCAAGCUCUAUUUUUGAUAACAUGUUUUUCGCAAGAAAUGCACAUUUCUGUAUCGUAUCCAUACAAGACAAAUGCUGUGCUCAUAUACUUUCUGCAUGCUGAGGAAAAUCCCAAAUGCUGUAUUUUACCAGAGACAGUUUUGAACAAACCACACAUUUUACUAAGGCUCUGUUUUAAAAGUUGUCAUUUGCACAAGCGGUGCAUGACAAACCAGGAUACUUUUCCAAAGAUAGAAAGAGAGAGAAGGCCAAUAUCUGUGUCAUACUGCUGAACUGUGACACAUUAACCUCUUGCAGCACUUUGAUGGAAUAUCUGAUGCAUUUUUUUUUUUUUUUUAGGUCAGUUAGAUUGUGUAUCUACAAGCUUGUGUCAAUUGAUUGAUAAACUGUAAUAAUGCUGUAAAUAAAACUAUCAUUGUAUUUGA